AUGGAAAAACCCGCUCCUCUUACGGAUGCUAGUUCCUCCGAGGAUAGGAGGAUCUAUGAGAAGUGGGAUCGUUCUAAUCGCUUGAGUCUUAUGAUCAUCAAGCGCGGCAUACCUGAGGCUUUUAGAGGUGCGGUGUCUAGUGAGAUCACUGAUGCUGCAAGUUUCCUUGCUGAAAUAGAGAAACGCUUUGCAAAAAGCGAUAAGGCUGAAACUGGUAUUCUUUUAAAGAAACUGAUUUCAAUGAGGUUCAGUGGCAAGGAAAGUAUAAGAGAGUACAUCGUUGAGAUGUCUAACAUUGCUUCAAAGCUGAAGUUGCUAAAGCUCGAGUUGCCGGAUGAUUUACUCGUGCAUUUAGUUCUUAUUUCUCUUCCUCCACAGUUUGGCCAAUUCUUGAUCGUGCAGAAUGAAGGACCGAAUCAUGGAAUUCGGGAUAACAACACGGGUGACGUGGAAGGUGUAGCGAAUGGUGGUGCAACACGUGGAGUUUCAAAGCUGCCUAGGAUGAAGUGGUGCCCCCGUGAUUAA